AUGCGCACCCCGUCACAUGCGCCGCAAAUGUGCCGCAGUUGGAAAAAGAUUGGAGGUGGACGACGUUGCGCAAAAGCUAGGUGCAACGAGUGUGCAGUGGGUGAUUUGGUAGUAUGGGGUGCAGUGUGGGAUACUGAGUGCGAAAUAUGUUCGUUCGGUUCAGCGCUUCAUAUAAAAAUAGUAUAUACGUAUGGUCGAAUGCGGAACGGUAUGGUCCUUAUAGCCCUUGAGUUUAUGAAAACUGUGAUAAAUCAUUCUGUUGAUCGAAAUAUCGAUGUGCACACUGUUUAA